GGCUAUAAUAGUCUCAUUAUGGGGAUAGUACAUAAAAUUAACGAGUCUCCACCAUUCAUGAUGCCUUUUCUCAAGUUCACUGGAGUUAUUUCUGAUUAUUCUUUUUAACUCCAAAGGCAUGGUUCCAUUUAGGCCAUCUCUUACAAUUGAUUUUGCCACACUUAAUAACCAUUGCUGGGCUUCCAUACAGGUAAGUGCCUCAGACAGAUUUGAUUGGAGGAUGUCAAGAGCUCCCAAUACCUGUAGGUGAUAUUGUUCCUGAAUAUCCAAUCAAUAAGGGAAGAUAUUUACAAUAUUGAAUUUGGUGGGUAUUAAUCCCAUCAGUGCUGAGGACAGUGGCUUCAAUAAGGUUUUGCGUCAUGACCUAGAUCACCUAUUCUUUUGGCAAGGAAGUUUUGAUCGAUGGUAUUAAUUACCCCAAGUCCAGCUCCUACUCCUCCAAGCACCUUUACUGUCACAUCUCUUUUCUUCCUUUGUUGAUGGCAAGAUUCCUUGUAGCCAUGCUCUCCAUCCCAUUAAUAAUGGCAUCACAAAGGAUGCACACAGAAGAUGUAGUGGAAUGAUAGAGAUUUGAAUAGGCAUUAUGAACUUCUUUAGGGUGAAUUUAAGUUCAGUGAUCAUAAUUCUUGAUACAUCCUUUUUGACAAUAAAAGGUCCCACGUACAGGAGCAGCUCUAUGUAUUUUGCUGCCCCAAGCACGGCAGUCAGGCGGCUUUCGGUGGCAUGCCUGCAAGAGGUCCACUGGUCCCGCGCCUUCAGCGUACCCGCCGUCAAAGCCACGGGACUGGCAGUUUUCCAACAAGCACACUGCCGAAAGUCGCCUGCCUGCUGCCCUCACAGCGACCGGCAGGCCACCCUCCUGUGGCUUGCCACCCAGGCAUGCAGUUGGUGUGCUGGUGCCUGGAGCAGCCCCCGCCCACUUAACUAGUUUGUAGUGGUGGAGCAAUGGUAAAUUUGAACAAUGUUUUUUCAGUUCAAACGGGCCCCUAACAAUCCACACCCCAGAGUGAAAAAUACUAGUAUUAACCAUGAGAAUUCCUGUGUAAGUGAAGUUGUCAUUUUACUGAGUCAUCCAACUUGCAAAAUUUAGGUGAAACCUAAUUAGUCAAAGAGAGAGAACAUUGAUUUCUGCAUACUUGACAGGAUAGAUUCAUGAUUAAAUGUUCGUUGGUAUAAGGGAGUGCACAUGUAAUUUAGUUGAAGUGGAUUGAAAAUUAUGGUGAUGUAGGCUAGAAGUAAUAUUUAUAAAGCCUGGUGUUGUGGUAGAAGGUGCACUGGUUUUAAAAUUGAUACACUUGGAUGAGUCCCAGUCCUUUAUGUCCUGUGAACAACCUAUGAAAGGGGAAAGGUCCAACAUCCAUGCACAUCCAUUAGAUAACUUUUUAAUAUAUUUUAGCUAUCCAGUUGGAUUUAGCACUGGGUCGUGUGUUCGAUUGUCGUGUAGGGUGAAUGACACCAGUGAGUUGUUGCCUUUAUUCUCCUUUAUAACUAAAUAACAAUACCCUUCCAUUACGUAGGAGUAAAUGCUGGAUAAUCCAGCCAUACAUCCUCAGCGACCACCCAAUAUGCAGGAGUGAGAGGGAUUUGAGUUGCUGACAGAUCUUGUUUUCCCCAUUUAAAUCCAAAAGUGUGUAUUUUAAAUGGUGUCUUAGGCGGUGCUUCUGCCCUAAUUUCCUCCUGGAAAGGGUUUUGUAGGGGCUUUAGGUGGUGCCCUUGGCAUCAUUUGGAUUCUAGCUCCUUUGUUUUCCUUCUCGUAAUUCUUGUCAUACUCCUCAUCAUAUUCCUCAUUUUCAAAGUCCUCUUGUGUAUAUACCUCUUUCUGAAUCCUCAUCCUGGUCAUACUCAGAAACAGGAAUCUUCCAUUUGUAGAGUAGACUCUCAUUCACUUUACAAAACCAAUGCUCGUUUUCUUGAACUAUUAGACUUUGGCAAAUCCAUAGGCAUAACCAUGCCAUAACUAUAGACAUCAGAUAUUUUCCAAGAGUGUUCAUGCUUUCUUCAGUACCCUAUAAAAGAAAACAUGAAAAUAUUCAUUUUACCUAAGGUGGUUUAUGAUUAUUUUUCCUCUCUUUUUCCUUUACAGUGUUGUCUGGGCAGAUGUUUCACUUCCACUGUGCGCUGUGAAACCAUUUGGUGACUCGUUUCUUCCCAGACUUUAUUCCAGCUGGAAGCUGCAAUUCUUCUGGAGCCUUGACAUCACAGAUGUGGUGUGUUGCAGGAAUUAGAAUACCUGCUUCUCCAUGUUCGGCUUGAAUCAACAUCUUAUCAGAAUAUCCAGGACACAACCCCAAAGAUCAGAGCUGCCAGACCUCAACACUCUGCUAAUGACACCAUGCAGAAACUGGAGUCCCCCAGAUGGACUUGAUCCUGACUGACCAUCAAGAAAAGUUCAUCUGGCUUAUUGAGAGUGGUGAGCACUGCAGGAUGAAAGACCGGUUAUGUGAACUGUAUGAGUUAGCUAGGCUUUAUAACCAACAGUUUCCUAACAAUGAGGAUGAUGAGAGUUUACCUCAUGAAACCCUACUUUUUGAGACUGAUUAUGCCCUCGCAACUCUUUACAAAGAUAUCCAGAGUAUCAGAACAGACAACCUCCACCUGAAAGAGGACGUCAAACGGCUAGGUAAACAAAAUAAUCGCUUUCUUACCUCCAUGCGGCGUCUUAGUAGUAUCAAACGAGAUACUAACAGCAUCGCCAAAGACAUCAAGGCCCGUGGAGAAGGCAUCCACAGGAAACUCCAGACAAUGAAAGACUUCAAUGAAGAUGCAGAAACAAAACAUGGCACGAUGUCUGUCAUAACCCGUGUAUCAAAGAAUCACUAUGUUGACCUCAUGCAUGCCUUUCAGGAAGCCAUGUUUGAGUACAAUGAGGCAGAGAUGAACCAGCGGGAGAACUGCAAGAUUCGGAUCCAGAGACAGCUGGAGAUCAUGGGCAAGGAUGUUUCCGGAAACCAGAUUGAAGACAUGAUCGAGCAAGGCAAGUGGGACGUCUUCUCUGAGAAUCUCCUGUCUGAUGUCAGAGGGGCUCGUGCAGCAUUGAAUGAGAUAGAGACGAGACACAAGGAGUUGAUGAAGUUGGAGAGUCGCAUCAGGGAGGUUCAUGAGCUCUUUCUACAGGUGGCACUACUGGUGGAGCAACAAGCUGACACCUUUGACAUCAUUCAACUGAAUGUGGAAAAAGUUGAGGACUAUGUCGGAGAGGCUAAAUGUCAGGUGAGGAAAGCUCUGGAAUACAGGAGGAAACACCCUUGUCGAACACUCCUCUGCUGUUGCUUUUCAUGCUGCAGAAGAUGAUUCUCCUACUCAAGCCGUUACAGACCAACUUGAAUGUGCCCUAAGAAUGUAUAGUUGAAAUAGUGCUUUUAAAAUGGGCUACUCCUUGGAACAGGGUUGCUUUUGGUUUUGGGAGGUUGGGGUGGUUACCCCUUGUCUUAGACAGAGAUGCCUUAAGCACAUUUAUGUGCUAAUAAAAGCCAAAUGUUGCUUUCAAAUCACUUUUAUUAUCUUAAAAAAAAAAAAAAAAUCAAGCCUAACCUAUUUGACUGUAAUCAAGGCUAGAGUGCUUAAGAGAGCCUCAUAAAAUGAUACAUGCUCCAAUCUGACACCACCUAACUUAAAGAAUGAAUGAAAGGCUCAUAGCUUCCUCAAUGAAGGAUGUGUGUUGGUAUACCACAAGGUGGCUAUUUUCUAUCUUCCACAGUGAGACUGCGUGGGGUACAGCUCUACUGCUGUAGUGAAGUAAUUCUGUGGUGCUUCGUAAGUUUGCCUACCUUGAGGAAACUUGGAGCACACAUGAUGCAAUCCUUGAGCAAUUCAUUGCCACAUUCAUUUGAAGAAACAGUAAAUCUGUUAAACUAUUAACAGAAAAUAUAGAAUUAGUUUCUUAAAUCUUUUUACACAAGGAGCUUGAUUGUGAUGUCACACUGGUUUUACACCAUGGAACUCCCUUGAAAUGAAUGAAGUGAAUUUUGAUCUAUUCCAGUGUAAAUAAGAUCAAACUCGGUCCCAAGAAGUGGUCAUUCCUUCCCGCCCCCCUCCACCAAAAAAAAAAUCCCUUUCAUCAUUGUGAACACACCAGAAUUUUGACCAGGUCACAGGAAACACUGUCAAAAUAAGACCUCUCCAACUGAUUCUUUACUUUAGUCAUUAAAGAACAACAUUACAAACUUUAAAUACUAUUUAAAUGUCGUCUGCUGAAGGACUGAAAAUGGUCAUGGCAAACUUUUCAAAGAUUUUUAGCCCUGUGAAUAAAAUUAAUACAACUAUCUCCUCUCAAAUGUGACUUAACACCCAUAAAUGGACACUUGUCUGGAGGGCAAAUGCAACAUUUUAGAGAUUCACAUAGACACAAAUUUGAAGUUGUAGUGACAGAUUUACCUUGUAAAUAGAUGCUUAUUUUUGUAAGAAUGUAUUGAUAUAUUAUGUUUGUAUAUGUUAACAUGAAGGUAUUAAUAACAAUGUUUACUCUGGUUAAUACAUGAAGACUGAUGGGGCUGUCUUGUGCCUCUGGGACAACUGCACAUUGAAAAGAGAAUAGACCCCUUUAUUCAAUACUUCUGUAUGAGCCAACAUUUUGGAGACAAAAUAACACUUCCUUUUAUUGGGUUUGAAAAGUUUUCCCUUCUCCCUCUAAAACCUUCUCUGACCAUAUUAGGUUUGGACAAAAAGGGAGGAAGAGAAAUUUAAGGCCGAAUUUUGCAGUCCUUAAUUGAUUACAGUUCCCAUUGGUUUCACUUGAUUGAGAGAUGAAGAAUUUGGCCCUUCCUUUUGAAUAUGCACAAUAUUCCAACUACAGUAUUUCUAAGCAGCUUUCUGCUACAUUGUGAUUUUAUUGGUACUUUGAACUCAUAAGAUUUUUCCAGAAGUUAGUGACUUUAAAGAUCUUCUGUUUGGUUAACUUAUCCCCCUUUUGUCCUUUUUAAUAUAUUAUUUUAACAUUUCACAUUUGUAUUUUGGUGGUUUCCUGCCCAGAGGCACCCAGCUAUUCUUCUGCACCCUUCACAGUGAAAGGUUUCUCUGUCUUUUGCACACUAAAUGUAUAUUGUAACAUUCUUUUAAAUUACUUAUAAAACAAUAAGGUCUUGCAAAAACAAAUUGAUACUUACUUCUAAGCUUUCUUUGCCUAGCAAGAAAAUGUUUCUGGUCAGGCUUGUCACAUGGAGGAUGGAGGAGUUAAAUGAACUGUGGACAAGAACUUUUUCUUUUCCUCAAGUUGAAAGUCACUUUGCUUUGAACUAAAUAUUAUAUGAAGCACCUGUCUGUAUUUUCAUGUGUUCAUUAGUUAGAAUUUAUGUAGGGGACAAAUGAGCCUCAAACAAGAGUGUCUGUGGUAUACAGUGAAGUCUUGAAGCCAUCAGUGUUAGAUUUGCUUGGGGAAAUGCAAACAAUUCAAAUCUGAACUGCAAGGGGGGAAGAGAAGGGGGUGUAAAAUGCACUGGCUGGCACCCUUUACUAAUAUUUAAGAGCUGUUGUCAUGUUGAGUAGCACCUUACUCCAUAAGUAGUCCCAAUCUAGUCAGUGAGACUGUUCCUGAAGAAAGGUACAUGUGCAUGAGGAUAUCCGAAUCUGGACUUAAAACAGGCCACAGAAAACCUGAAUCUAUUUGCUCUGUAUAUUGUAGCUUUUUCUGCCCCCCCCCUUUUAUGAUAGUUAUGUAAAUAUUCUAGUUGUAUGCUUUUUGUACAUGUAUGUACCUAGAAAUGCAAUAAAAGUAUUUUGGUACAAUGGUAAA